AUGAUCAUCGCCUGGAUCCAACAUUCUGUUGGUUCAGAACAUAGGUCGAGCAUUGCGCAUGCAGACACAGCAGCAAACGUUUGGAAGGAUCUUCGUGAGCGCUUCUCCAUCCAAAAUGCUCCACGCAUAUUUCAGCUUACAAAAUCAAUUUCCUCACUAAUUCAAGACAACGAUUCAGUGAGCCAAUACUACAAUCAACUCAAGAGUUUUUGGGAUGAAUUAGAGAUUUAUGAACCAAUGCCGACAUGCACAUGUGGAUCGCUCAGGACAUUAACGGGAUACAAUCAUCGACACAAGGUCAUGCAAUUUUUAAUGGGACUUCAAGAUUCAUAUGAUGCGAUCCGAGCUCAAAUCCUCCUUCAGGAACCUCUCCCUCCUUUAAAUCGCAUCAUCUCGUUGGUUCAGCAAGAGGAACGACGCAGACAACUUCAUGCUCUACCUGCACCUCUUGCCAUGGCUACUCGAGUUUCAGAUCAACGUCCAAACACUUCAUCCCGCAUGAAUCGACUUUUUUGCUCACACUGUAAUAUCUCAGGUCAUUCUCUUGAACGUUGUUUUAAGGCUAACCCGCAUCUUCCUGUUUGUGCUCAUUGCCGCAUCCCAAGACACACCAAGGAGAAGUGCUACAAGUUAAAUGGAUUCCCUCCCAGACACAAGAACCACUCCAAAUCCAAGUCCUCAGCAAAUCAAUCUUCCCUCGAGCAAAUCAACUAUGGACCACCUCUCUCUCAGGAGCAAUAUAGUCAGCUCCUUACUUUGCUCAAAUCAUCCUCCAAUGUUGUUGCCACUCCAGCCGUGAACCAUGUCCAAGCUAGCAUCUCUGAUUCUAGCACCUCUCCCACGUCUGGACCUUUCAUCUUGGAUGACGAUUGGAGUGGGGACUGUCCUUAA